CAAUCAUCCCCUUUUCUCCGCCCACCGCGUCAAUAGACUUCCUGAAAACGCUCGUGCCUCCCCUACCAGCUCAGGAAAGCUGGAAAACUCGCCAUGUAGGGGGGACAGAAAAAAACAGCAGGGCACAUAUAACAGCGGAUAAAGAGGAUAACCAUGACUUGAGACCCUGUUCCAGCACUACUCUGUAUUCUGAGUUUUAUUUAUUUCCCAUUGAAUUGAAUUGAAUUGAAUUGAAUUUGACGUUCAUGGAUAUCAAAUCCUGGAUUUUCUGGCAUUUUUUUAUUGGAUGAGCUAGAAUACAUGAUUACCCAGCACUACAAUCCCUGACACUGUUUUGGACCAAAACCAGAAGUGAUAUCCCUGUUCAUCUCUAUCACUUCCUUAACCUUGUUGUUUUUGGAGAAGAACUGCAUUUUUAGUUGUCCACUUCGAUAAGGUUUCAUUUGGUUCUCCUCAAACACUAUCCUCGGCUGGGCCGUUACCUCUGUUCUUUGUGCUUGUUUGACACUGAACGUUUUUGUAGCAUUUAUAGGGUUAUUAUAACCUUAGUGUGUGCUUAUAUUUAGUCAUUUGUAAGUUCUCUGACCUUAAAACAAGGCAUUGUCAAUUGAAACUGUGCUUCCAAUUUUAUUUAAACAACUUGUAAGAAAGGAGAAUUGUAAAAUUUAGUAACUUAAGAAAUUUCAUUUAAUGAUUAUUUAUCUAGAUGCACACACAAUUCCAUUUAAAGUUGACAAAAGACUUAUGCCUUUUCUCAUAUUGUGAGAUAUUUUGCCGGUGAAAUCAAAGACACAUUUGAGAAAAGCAAAUAAUCUGGCUUCUUGUGCAUCUUUGAUUUUAAAACAAGUAUUUUUUUUGUUUUGUUGGGAUACUAGCAAUACUAAACUGGAAAUCUUUUGUGUAUUGUGUUUUGAUCAGAUGACCGUAAGAGGAUUUAGCAUUGUUUCCAGGCAAAAUGCACUGAUGGGAAAGAUUUAACACUAUCAGGGAUAGAAAAGCCUGCUGAAGUUUCUUUUUGUUUUGAAUAGACACCUGUUGAAGCACUUUCGUCAUUUAUAACUUGUGUAACAUUAAGUUUACGCAAAGCCUAUGAUUUGGGCUUAAAAAGCUGACACAUUUGAAAACAUCUCCAAACAUCUAGGGCGUCCGUCCAGAAAGACAUCUCACUACAACAAAGAAGAAAGACCUCUGCAUGAAGCACUCAAGCUGUAUAGUCCAAACAUACUUUUGAGGCCAGACAUUGAACAUGCGCUCCCCAGGCCCCGAAAGCCCGUCCAUGACUGAGGAGGCCCUGCUGCAUGGACAGUUCAGCGGUUGGAGCAGCGGAGGAGGGAGUGGAAGUAACAAUAACAGCAAUCCCAACAGCCCUGGAGGUGUGUCUUUACCUUCCAGCCCUGCCUCCACCAACUAUGCUCUGACUCUCACACCAACUCACGUCCAUGUCCAACGGUUGUCUCAACGUGCUGGGAAGCAGUCCAGGCUGCUCCUCCCGCUGACAGAGCUGACCGGAUGCAGCUGCCCACGAUCGCCGGCCCCUCCUUUGCUGGUGCUUUACUGGUACCCUCCGGGUAAACGCAGGAAGGGCGUCUCCAGACACAGACAGGUGAGGGCGUACUUGGCAGAGAGCAGAGCUGAGGCGGAGAAAUGGAACACUGCUAUACAGAGCCUGCUGAGGGGGAUGGAUGUCAGCUCCACUACAGAAUUUUGCAAAAGCAUGUUGCCCCGUCCCCGUCGACUGUUGCUGCUGGUCAAUCCAUUCAGUGGCCGGGGUCAGGCAAUGCAAUGGUGUCAAACGCACAUACUUCCAAUGAUAAGAGAAGCCAACAUCAGCUACAACCUUAUACAGACAGAGCGUCGGAAUCAUGCACGUGAGCUAAUCAGAGAGAUUUUGCUACAAGAAUGGGAUGGAAUAAUCAUUGUAUCUGGAGAUGGACUCUUGCACGAGGUGAUAAAUGGCCUCAUGGAAAGGCCAGAUUGGGAACAAGCAAUAAAAACUCCAGUGGGAAUUCUGCCUUGUGGCUCUGGAAAUGCACUUGCUGGUUCCAUAAACCACUAUGCAGGAUAUGACAUGUGCCUUCGGGAGCCUCUUCUCCUCAACUGCUGUUUUCUGCUGUGCCGGGGUGGGGUAAAACCGAUGGACUUGGUCUCUGUUACAACCAGCCCAUGUGCUUCAUCAUCCACAUCCAAUCAGAAUGGGCACCCACCUGCUCCCAAGAGACUUUUCUCUUUCCUUUCUGUGGCCUGGGGUUUUGUGUCUGACGUGGAUAUAGAGAGUGAGCGCUACAGAGGGCUGGGCUCAGCACGGUUUACACUGGGAACACUGGUGAGAUUGGCUUCUCUGCGCUCCUAUAAAGGCCGUCUUUCCUACCUGCCACCCAGUAUAGUCAACUCAUCCCCUGAUGCCACGCCUCAGCCUCCACGAAGGCCGCUUUCACGCAGCAUUACCGAAGGUUUGGAGGGAUUUUGUCGCACGCCCAUCCAUCGCACCUGCUCCGACAUGGGCCUUAGUGAACAAAGAAGUCUCCGCAAAGGAGAUGGAGAAAGAGAGAGGGAACGAGAACGGGAGAGGCAGGAGAGGGAGAGGGAGAGGGAGAGGAGGAGAGAGAGGGCAAGAGGGGUUGGGGUAGUGAGAGCAAGCAGUCUCGCAGAAGACAGAGAGAGAGAGGUGGAAGCAGAAGAGAAGAUGGAGGAGACAUCAGAGACCAGUUCAGAAUCGACCGAAAGGGAAGAGUGUGACAACAUAGCUAGGAAUGAUGGGAACAUAGAAGAAGAGAAUAAACCAGGUGGGGAUGAGAUAGAUGGACAGGGAAUGACUAAAGCGAGCAAUUUGAGUGACAGAGAUGAGUGUGACGAGAGUUAUCGGACGACGCCAUCUGACCUGCAAUGCACAUUACGUAAAAACUCGCUUCCCUCUAGCCAGAUAAUCAAUGCCUUCUUCAGCCAGCCAAUUGGUGUAGACACUGACCAAGACUUGGAGGUGGCAACCUAUGGGAAGGAAGACGAAGACAUAAAUGGCACCUACUUUCAAAGAGAGGCCUUUCCUCUGGACAAGUCUCGCGAGCGAGCCCUCACCAUCUCGUCCUCUCCAUUCCGUCAGUCUCCUUUCAAAGCUUUCAAAACUAAAACUUUGGACCAGAACCAGAACCCCUCACGGCCACGGCCCCUCUCCCUUCUCCAUCAAUCACAUUCAAACUCUCUCCCUCCAAAGUUUCCAUCCCUUUCUCUGUCCCUUUCCCCGACCCCUCCUUCAUCUCCAUCUUGCGCCUCUCCCCACUCUUCUUAUCUCACACCACGUCCCAACACUCCCAGCUCAUCUUCCCCAUCACCUUCUUUUCAUUCACCGACCCCUUCCUUCAACUUUGACCUUGCAGAGCCUGCAGGACCCUUGAAGAACUGCCUUCACAUGACAUCCUCCAUCAACCUGCCAGAGGAUUAUCUGCUACCUCCUCUGGACCAGCCUCUCCCUACACGUGACUGGGUCACUAUUGAGGGUGAUUUUGUUUUGGUGCUGGCCAUCUACCAGUCUCACUUGGGAGCAGAUCUCCUUGCUGCACCUCAGGCUCGAUUUGAUGAUGGGUUGAUCCAUCUGACAUUUGUGCGGGCUGGUAUCUCCCGGGCAACGCUGCUUAGACUGUUCCUAGCAAUGGAGAGAGGAGCUCAUAUGUCUGUUAGCUCUCCUUACGUCAGUCAUGUUUCUGCUCGGGCAUUCCGCCUUCAGCCGCUUUCACCACGAGGAACCCUCACUGUAGAUGGAGAGCUGGUGCCCUAUGGGCCGCUGCAGGCACAGGUUCAUCCCUCCAUAGCCCGUUUGAUUGUUGGGGACUCGGGAAUAAAGAUUACAAGAUUCUGACCUGUUUGGAACUGAACGGGCAGGGAUUAGCAUGACGCUCUGGAUUAUAUAACAUUUUGCCAUGCGCAUACUGGGGGUGAGAGAAACAGAAAGCCAGCAGUUGCAAUCACUGCUUUUACUGGGAUUAACUAAGGGAUUGCUUAUUCAAGCUGCAUAUGCAAGGAGUAUUUUUGAAUUUAUCGAAGGGAUGAAAACUUGUGGCCUAUUGCAUGACUGUAGGAUUAUACUUGGAUUACCCUCACUGUAGUGAGAGAGAGAAUGCAGCAAUGUCUACAUAAAAGAGGAAAUGGCGAAACUGAAUGUGUCCAAAUGGUGUAUACAUUUUAGUAUGCAUUUGUGCAUAGAUUCUCAACAGUGAUCCUGCCUUAUUUCAGAGAGUGAAAAAAAAAAAAAAAAUACACAGACAAACACUAAAAACAAUAGCUGGCUUUUAGGUUGUCACACCCACAUUCAAAUAUGGUUCCACCCAUUUUGCAUAAUAGCUACCCCUGGAAUGCCUUAUCCAUGCCUGAAUUUUGUGUAACCCUCCUUAAUUUACGCACUUGCUUAGUGCGUGUCACACUUAAAGGGUUAGUUCACCCAAUAAUGUCAUUAAUUACUCGCCCUCAUGUUGUUCUACACCCGUAAGACCUUCGUUCAUCUUCGGAACACAAAUUAAUAUAUUUUUGAUAAAAUCUGAUGGCUCAGUAAAGCCUGCAUAGCCAGUAAGAACAUCCCUUUUUCAAUGCCCAGAAAGCUACUAAAUGCAUAUUAAAAAAAGUUCAUGUGACUUAAACUUAAUAUUACAAAGUGACAAGAAUACUUUUUGUGCGCCAAAAAUAACAAAAUAGUGACUUUAUUUCACAAUAUCUAGUGAUGUCUGAUUUCAAAACACUGCUUCAUGUAGCUUUGAAGCUUUACGAAUCGUUUGUUUCGAUUCAGUAGUUCGGAGCACCAAAAUCACAUGAAAAAGGGAGUGUUCUUGCUGGCGAUGCAGGCCUCACUGAGCCAUCGGAUUUUAUCAAAAAUAUCUUAAUUUGUGUUCCGAAGAUGAACGAAGGUCUUGUGGGUGUGGAACGACAUGAGGUUAAGUAAUAAAUUACAUAAUUUUCAUUUUUGCGUGAACUAACCCUUUAAUCUCAAAUCUCAUUUAGCAAAGAUUUAUCUGCAUUGAAAUAAAUCUCCGUCCACCUCUGAAAACCGUUGUUUCAUGAGACUGUGUCAGUUCUUGCAUCUUGCAUCCAUUUUGCAGGUAUUUUUAGGACACAAUCAUUGUGUGGUUUGAACGGAACAGUUAAACAUGGACUGUUAUGAUAUAUAUUGCAUUGCUAGACUGUGUAAAAAGCAUGCAACAAUCAUGAUGAUGACAUUAAUUGGUAACUAGUUAUAUGCAUUGUAAUGAACGUAGAAAGAAAGCUUGGAAAACAUUCACUUAAGGGUUUUUCUUUCCCCCGGUAUUAUCGAAACAUGUGCUAUCACUGUCUUCUAUGAGUUAAGGCAAAUUUGCAUAGUGUUUGCUCAAUUUUUUUUUUUUUUCAGAUAAAUUGGAAGUGGAAGUUAGUGAUCAACUGCCAGUGCAUCUUCAAAUCCUUUUCCUGAAAGAUUCAUUUAUUAAAUACUAGGUGAGGACUAUUUCAUAGUGAUCAAUAACUUGACUUGAUAACAUUUUAGUCUAUUUCUCUCAAAACAAUUAACACUAGAGCAACAGGAACUUCAGCUUUAUAAAAGAACAGACCUGUUUAAAGUCCAGCUGUGGAGCUGAUUACGAUUGCAAAGGAGCCUUUCCAGUGCUUUUGAAUUUUACCUAAAUAUUUAUUGGAGAAAUGCCCUAUUUGCAUUUCUUCUAUCCUUUUCAUUUUCCAACCUCUUUUUUUCUCUCAUUUCUGAAUUUGCAAUGAUUAGUAAAUAAUAUUUAACUCUAAUGACUCGACUGGUAUUUCCGAACAGCUGUUUAGUUCUUUCUAGUGCAAUAAUUUCUUCUUCUGUUGAUCUCUUCAGCUCUUAAGCAUCAGCUGAUAUGUAAAUCUAGUUGUUUUGUUUGCGAGUCUGGGUACUCAAAAUGAUUUUCAGCUGCAAUCAGAUGGCCAGUUAUUUUUUGUUAUUAUUCAUUCCCUAUAUUUCCUGCCGCCUUUUGUUGUACCAUGCUUUAGAGUGAUCUAAUAAAUUUGGUAUCAAGCUGCUGUCCAUCUUGAAAAUGCCAGUUUAAGAUGUCUCUUCAUUCUGCAAUGCUUGUAUUAAGAUUGUAAUUACUAUUAAAAGAAUAUUAUAUUAAA